CUGAAGACGAGGCGUUUCCAGUCUGGGCUGCUGUAGAUUCCCGACCGUCUUCUGGUGCCUUUCCCGUUGUUUGGAGUAGGGACGGGAGGGAAAACGUCACGCAAACGUUCAGUUUCUCAACCCAUGCGCAAUGGAAAUAGAGAACAUUCCUCAAACGAAGAUCAAAAGAUAACGAACGCGAGGAAUAUGACGACAAAUGGAUGUUUUAACUGUCGGCAACAACGAAACGGAUGUUUGCCUGUCUAAAACUGUGCGAGACCAUCGAGGAGACUUGCGGGCUCGGGAUGUCCUGCAUAUAACUGCGCUGAAACUCUGCAUUUGGUAAAUGGUUGAAUCUUUCAUCUGGUAACAUUUGAUGCUUCCUGGUGGAAGGAAAAAAGCAAUGAAGAUCAACGCUUUGAGGUCUUCAAGACUAUUUUAAACUGAGAUUUAAACUGUGACUGUCAUUUUGCCGCCAUUCUAAAAUAUUUUUUACAGUGUUUUGACAAAUUGGUGAUGGUGGACUCUCCAAAGCACAAAUAUUUUGUGUGUGUCUGUAUUCUGAAGCCUAGACAGCUAUACAAGUGACUGAGAAUAAAGCUGAAAAUAUUCUGUUUAAAGAGGAGGAGAAAAGAAAACAUGGCAGUUGAAGGCCGAAUAACAAUUCUUGACGUUGGACUGUUUGCCAUGGUGGUUCUUCUUAGCCCUGUAGCUGCUGCUCAGAGCGGGCAGAGGGAAUGCGCUUAUGCAGAACAGCUGCAAGCUCUGGCAGAGCAGAUUGGUGGACGUGGAAAAGGGCGUGUCUUUCUUGAGAACUCAACCAUUCGCUGUAAUCAUGGAGGUCACUGUUUUGGACUCUGGGGGAAAAAAAAUAAUGAAAUUUUCUUAGUGAAGCAAGGUUGCUGGACAAAUCUAGGUGACUAUCAGGAGUGCUCCGACCGCUGCAUGGUGACCAACCCACCAUCAGUGGUCAAGAAUGGAACAUAUCGUUUUUGUUGCUGCAACAAAGACAUGUGCAACAUGAACUUUACUGAGGACUUCCCUCCCCCCUCCCCAACCACUGCACAGCCUCUCUAUUCACGCCGACUUUACAGAGAGGAAGCCAUUGUUGUCACAUUAGCAACUGUCUCCAUGGUCGCUGUCCUUGUUGUGCUGCUUUUUUUUGGAUAUCGCAUGCUAAGAGGACGUGGUAAACACACUCUUCACAGCCUUGAUGUUUUGGAGAAAGUGUUUUCUCCUCCUUCUCUAGAUUUAGACAACCUCAAACUGCUGGAGCUAAUUGGCCGAGGCCGAUAUGGCACAGUGUAUCACGGUUCACUGGAUGAGCGUUCUGUGGCGGUGAAAGUUUUCAACUCUGCUAACCGCCAGCAGUUCGCUAAUGAGCGCAUGAUUUACCACCUCCUCCUGGACCACGAGAAUGUAGCACGCUUCUUAGAGAGCGAGGAACGUGUGGGCACAGAAGGCAAGACAGAGUAUCUCCUCUUGCUAGAGAUCUACCCUCAUGGCUCUCUGUGCACAUAUCUGAGUGGACGGACUGUGGACUGGCUGAGCUGCUGUCGUUUGGCUCUGUCUGUCACCAGAGGGUUGGCGUACCUGCACACAGAGACACAGAGAGGGGAUGUGUAUAAACCAGCCAUAUCCCACCGGGAUCUGAACAGCAGGAAUGUGCUUGUGAAGUCAGAUGGCUCAUGUGUGAUCAGUGAUUUUGGACUCUCCAUGAUUCUGACGGGAAAGAGACCACCCAGGGAUGGGGAAGAGGACAACAGUGCCAUCAGUGAGGUGGGUACAAUGCGGUACAUGGCCCCAGAAGUGCUGGAGGGGGCGGUAAAUCUGAGAGAUUGUGAGUCUGCACUGAAGCAGGUGGAUAUUUAUGCACUGGGUCUGCUUUACUGGGAGACAUUCAUGCGUUGUGCCGACCUCUUCCCAGGUGAGACGGUUCCAGAAUUUCAGAUGGCAUUUCAAGCUGAGUUGGGCAAUCACCCUAACAUAGAGGACAUGCAGGCACUUGUGUCGCGAGAAAAAGAAAGACCCAAAUUCCCUGAAGCCUGGAAAGAGAAUAGCCUGACGGUGCAUUCUCUGAAAGAAACCAUGGAGGACUGCUGGGAUCAGGAUGCUGAAGCCCGACUCACAGCUCAAUGUGCGCAGGAGAGACUCACUGAACUGCUGCUUAUCUGGGACAGAGAAAAAUCAGUCAGUCCUGCUCUCAACCCUAGCAUUGCACUAUACAACCACAGGAAUUUCUCUACAGGACGGCUGACUCCUAAAGUGGGUUCUUGCCUCGAAAACUCAUCCACAAACACUGAAGACCAUGAGAGUGCCACACUCCACAAUGACACCUCUGCAGGCCCAUCCUCAGUGGCAGCACCAAAUCCUGCAGAGAAGAACAGGAACUUUAUUAACUACGAUUGGCAGCAGGCCCAAUCACUGCAGUUUGGCACAGAGAGCUCCUCCUCCACACCCAUCUCAGACACCUGCCUUGCCAACCAACCUCCACCAGAGGGCAACAGUGGCCCUUUUUGUGCUCUGUUGACUCAAGAGGACCUAGAAACAACAAAACUGGACCCAAGCGAAGUCCAGAAGAACCUACGGGAGAGCUCUGAUGAAAAUUUAAUGGAAUAUUCGCAGAAAAAAUUCUACCCUCCAGAAACAGCAAACUUGCACAGACCUCCCUACCCCCUCUUGAAUAUGGCCACUGAUAUUUCAGAGUCAAAGGGUUCCGGGCGCCAUGCCGACACCCCACCAACUAUCUUACCUAAGCAGCAAAACAUCCCUAAGAGACCAAGUAGCCUGAGCCUCCUCGUUAAGCCCUCUGGAAAAACACCAACGUCCUCGUCUUCAUCACUGCAGAAGAAAUUUGGAAAACUUGGCAAGUCCAAUCUGAAAAAAGUUGAGAUGGGCAUGGCCAAUUCCAGUGCGGUGAGCACAGCACUUGAGCCUCGGCUGAUUGUUGUUGCUAUCAACGAAACUGCAGCAACAGCUGAUAAAUAUCCAGCCGGAGCAGCUCCAGAGUCAGCAGGAAGUGCAGCGUUGAGUUCAGAGGACUUAACCUUUAGCCUCUUGACAACUAGCCCUGAUGAGCAAGAGCCUCUACUGAGAAGAGAGUUGCGUUCUGACAACGCAAACAACAACAACAGCAAUAACAACAAUGGAGAGGGAGAUGGCGAUAGAGGUACUGAGGAAGGAGGGGAAGGAGGAGAGAACAAUGAGAGUGUUGCUCCAACAGGGGAAGCUCCAUCCUACUCUACCCUGGAGACUGUUGUACUGCAUGGUCCCUGUCCUGUUGCAGUUGUGGUUCCUUCACAGGCCCAGAGCACAGUCCAGACACACAGAGAGGCCCUGCUCAGACAGAACCGUGUGCGCAGACCCGAAAGACCCAACUCACUGGAUCUGUCCAUCACCACACUGCCACUGUUAGGCAAGACUGAUGGCAACAUGACAGAGGGAUCAGGAGAAAAAAUCAAGAAGCGAGUUAAGACUCCUUACACUCUGAAAAAGUGGCGUCCUGCCAGCUGGGCCAUCUCCACGGAAACAAUGGAUGCUGAGCUUAAUAACAACAACAUUUGUCAUGGAGGGCUCUACCAGAACCAGAAGCAGGGUCAGGCCAAUACCAGCAGAUCUAAAUCGGCUUCAGCAGUGUAUUUAGGGAGUCGAGGAGGAUCUUGCUUCUCCGACUCCAAUGAUUGUGACUUUUGAACUUUAAGCUUGAAAGACAGGUAAUGAGACAGGCUAAAAUCGAACUCAACAGCUCUAAAAAAAAAAUAAAAAAAAUUCUGAAGACUGUGAAACAGAUGUGGACAGGACCUUAUACACUACAUGUCUUAAAGUUAACCCCAAUUAGUAAGAGUCUUUGUGGCUUACUUUACAGUGAAAAGAGCUAUGCAGCCAUCUUUAAGUUUAAUGUUACCAUGUUCAACAUGACUUCUUUUGAAGUGCAUUUGUAUGUUUUCGUGUUAAUUAUGCAUCUUGUUUUGGUUACAUUUUUUCCUGCUACAAUUCACAAAUAAGUCAUUUGGCCAUUUUGGAGAAUGGUCCCAAAUCUUAAACCAGUGUUAACACUUAAUCAUCACAGUGUUCCCACAGUCAUACAAAACCUGAAAAUAUCAGGGAAUUUUAUAAUUGUGAUUUCUAAGCAUGGAAAAAUCAUGAAAAUUCAUGGAAAAAGAUUUUUGAAUUUCUAUUGUUGAUAUGACCUUUCUAGUUUUGCUCUGGUUUAAAAUAUUUUGACUAGAAAUUGCCCUGAAUGAGUGCAAUCUCUAUAAAAUUAUUUUUUUAAAUCCAUAUCCAGUAAUCACGAGCUACUGGAAAAGUAAUGGAAAUUAAUUGGUCAAACUGUGUGAGAACCCUGUCUUCAGAGUAGAGGGUUACUCAUUAAUAUAAUUAUUUGAAUUUAAAUACAUUAAGCCAUGACUCUCACAAAUUUGUCUAAAAGGUGACAAAGCUUACAUUUUUUUGCCAUGCAGACCUGCAGAGUAUGUUUAUGUCCUUCUCAAAUAAUUUAUCUGGAGUUUCCUUGAACUUUGAGAUGUAUGAGACCUAAUUUUACUGAAAGUCCCAUGUGACUCUGUGGGAACAGAAUCUAAUAUUUGAAAAUAACAUUGUAUGUGCAAAACCUAUUCAUUUAAAGACAGAAGGCUUCCUCUUCUGAGUUCUUAGAGAAACCGAUAGACAUUUAAAAAAAGCAAAUUUAACAAAUUUUCAGUGUGAUGACACAAAAUAUCUCUCAGCAUCAGGGAGACACUCAAGACAAUAUUAAGAAGUGGUGUGACCGCACACAAACUUGGCAGCAUCUAUUAUGACCAGUCACGGGAGUCACACCUCUCGCUCUUUGGGCAAUUUACAAGCAUUACUCAGAAACUAGACAGAGCUGCACUAUAUCUGGUACACUAACUGUUCUGAAUCAUGUUAAAGGGAUAGUUCGCCCAAAAUGUUUUAUUCUCUCUUUUACUCAGCCUCAUGCCAUCCCAGAUGUGUAUGACUUUCUUCAUUCUGCUGGAUACAAAUGAAGAUUUUUAGAAGAAUCCCUUCGUUCUGUAUGUCCAUACAAUGCAAGUUAAUUGGGUCCAACACUGCUCCACAAAUCACACAAAGGCAGCAUAAAAGUAACCCAUAAAACUCCAGUGGUUUAAUCCAUAUGUUCUGAAGCAAUCCAAUCGAUUUUGGGUGAGAACAGACCAAAAUGUAAUUUUUUUUUACUGUACAUCUUGCUAUUGCAGUUUCUAGGCAUGAUCAUAAUUUCAAGCUCGAUUUCACUUCCUAGUGUUUGACGAAUGCACAGAGUGCUAGAUGGUGCUAGGAAGUGUAACCCAGCUUGAAAUCACGAUCACCAUGGAGACUGAAGAUUUAAAGAUUUCUAGUGAAAAAUUUUUAACAUUUUGGUCUGUUCUCACCCAAACCUGAUUGGUUUGCUUCAGAAGACCACCUGGAGUCUGUUUUUUUUUUUAUGCUGCCUUAUGUGCACUGUAAAAAAAAUUCUGUUGUUUUUACAAAGAAAAAUUUGGCAGCUGUGGUUGCCAGAAUAAUUAUGUAGAAAAUACUGUUAAAUGUAAACCACUUUACAGAACAACCUGUACAUUUUACAGUUUAAUAUGGUUGUAAUUUACAUGCUGGCACUGUAAAAAAAAAAAAAAAAUCUGUUAAAUUUACAGUAAAAGAAAUUCAUAAACAUGCCUUAUGAAACUGUAUAAAUCUGUUGCUUACUUUAUAAGUUAUUUGUUAAUCCCGUAGUAACUACAGAAGGGCAUAUGAUGACAUGAAGUUCAUCAAUAGUGGCUGUUCCAGGUGCUCAGUAUUACUCACACAAACACUAAACACCAUCAGGUAACACAUGUGAGAUUUCAAUAAUGCAGUAAAUAUUAACUAAAUUACAUCAAAUAUAUACACAGAACACCCCAGUGUACGUAACUGAUAUUACAAAUAUGAUGAAACAUAACUAUUCCCAUAAAAUAUAAUGAAAUGUAAGGGGUCAUGCAGGGAACCUUGUGGGAAUGCCCGAUUACUGUUUUUUACUGUAAUUUUAACAAUAAUUUACUGUAAAAAAGUACAUGUACUCUCGUUCUUUUUACCAUUAAUUUUACAGGAAAAUCGUACUUUUUACAUUUAAAUAAUGUAAUUUUUACAUACUUCUAUUGUAAAAACUACUGUAUUGUCUUUCAAAAUAUAUAAAACAAUUUACUGUAUAUUUUACAGUUAAUAUUUGUUAAUCAAUUAACAUUUUAUUUCUGUAGCAUUUUUACAGUAUUUUACUGCUAAAAUUACAGAAUUUUUUUACAGUGUGCUUUUUGGAGCUUCAAAGUUUUGGACCAAAUUCACUUGCAUUGUAUAAACCUACAUAGCUGAAAUAUUGUUCUGAAAAUUUUUGUUUGUGUUCUGCAAUAGAAAGAAAGUCAUAUAUAUCUGGUACGACAUGAGGGUGAGUAAAUUAUUAUUUUGGGUGAACUAUCCCUUUAAAAUGUCUUACAUAAUAUGCUUUGAACCUACUUAUUAUUUGUCUGUUUUCCUAUGUGUGUGAGGUAGUGUACAUGAAUGCACAAGUUCAGUUAUCCUUGUAUUUGUUCCUGUGUCUUUGUGUCUUGUCUCUGGUCGUGUGAAAGGUUUUUGUGCUGCAUGUUUGUAUCUAUACCUGUGGGGAUGUGCAUCUUCAUAAGCAUUUACCUGUUCCAAUCAUUUUAUGAUCAAGAAGUCAACAAACUGAUAAAGGCCAAAGGUCUAAUCAGCUUGAUCAUAGAUUUUUUUUAAAGCACAGCACACAAGAGCUGCAUUUUGUGCUAUGCACAAACACAUUUAGCAAGCAGCUCUGGUCUGAAAUGGAAAAUUCUUGUAUUGAUAAUCUGCUCUGGCUUGUAAGUGAUAAUUAAAUGGACACUGUCAUUUUCAUUGUUUAAACAGUGUCCCAAAUUAUACUCGCCUGAUCUGACCAUUGCACGUUUUAAAUGCAUCUUAAAGAGCAUAACAUAUUUUCAGUCGAGACCCUAGCGUGUGUGUAUGCACAUGUAUGUUUGUGCAUGUAUGUGUGGGUGAGUGUUCAUAUGUUGUUAUUCUCCUGUUAAAACAAUCGUAUAUCGGAGUGUUGUGGUCAAUCAUUUUAUUACCCCCUUGCUGAGACCUUUUGAAAAUUGUGAUUUGUAUAAGAAGGUGCAGACUGUGUAUUUUUAUUUGCAGAUUUAAAUUAAAUUAUGCUUUGCAUUUGCAUGGUCUCAACAUAUUUAUAGUAUGAGGAAUAGAAACAUGGAACUUCACUCAUCUAUUGGCGCAAACAAUUGUAAUUGCAGUAUGACCCUAUUACCACUAGUAGGCGCACUAAAAACCGUUAGUCCAACCUUUUACCUUUUAGAUGUAUGUUUAUUCGAUCACAGUAAAGCAACAUUUAAAUUAAAAACGUCACAAAUAAUUGGGUUUUGUAUCUUUAAUAGUUGGCACAAGGAAUUCUUAAUGCAUUAUAAAGUUAAAUGUCUCAUAAUACACAUUGCAACUGUUGUAUCUUUCUAUAAAUAAUAACAGUUAAAGUGCAUUAUAAUUUUUAUAGGUUACACCUUUACUAUUACGA